AUGAGGUUAGGUAUGAAGGUUUCACACAAACUACUUGCUCUGCAGGCCGUAGACGCAGUCUAUUGUGUGUAUCCAGUCAUAGAGAUCAAAAGCCCCAACAUAUGCGUCGGGCCCUUCCCCUCCUCCUUCCUCCUCUCCAACGAUGAACCGUACAUAUUAAUAAUUAGUACCUCUUCCCUCCUCGUGCUCGCCUCCAUCUUCUUCUUCUACUCCUUCGUCGCCUCUCUCGAGAAGUUCCUCACCUCCCGGCGCCCUGUCUCCGCCGGAUCUUCCUCCGUCGCGGCCGACGCGGGCGGAGCCGCGGUAAAAGCGCUCGAUGACAAGAUCUGGGGGAAGGAAACAGGGAGGCUUUAUGGGGAUCCGGCGGAUCCGUGGUCGGGGCUGUCGGUGGUUAGGGUUUAUGUGUACGAGAUGCCGGCCAAGUUCACCUACGAUCUUCUCUGGCUCUUCAGGAAUACCUAUAAGGAGACGACGAAUUUGAUGUCCAACGGAAGCCCCGUUCAUCGCCUCAUCGAACAGUUGUUGGUAUGUACUGCUUGUGAGGCCGCAAUCAGAGCGGAAAAGAAUGAAUACUUCAGUCCAUACAAGAUGAAAUGAAAAAUCUGCAUAGAUAGAGAGGUGCAGAGAAAGGAGGAAAAGAGAAGGAGAAAUGGUAGGGAUCGUAGCACGCUUCCAAGGCUAUAUGACGAGACCCCAACCCUCUCUUCUGGUAGUAUCACUGUCUGCUGCAUAAAGACACUAACCAUGCUAUAAAUAUUAUCUGGGUAUUCUGAAAGGUUAAAAUGUUUUGUCGAGUGAGGAACU